CAAUUCUGUGAGGGGCCGGUUGAAUGCUAGUCUGACAGCCACAUAAUGCUUACCUUUUUGCUGUAAAUUGAUUUAAAGCAGUCAAAACAAUGUCGGAGGACGAUUUAAAAGCACCGGAAGAGCUUUUCAAGGAUGUGAAGUUCUACGUGGUGGGAGACAUCGAGCAGAAGGUUGUGCGACUCCUGAAAGCGGGGAAAGGGAAAGAAGUGUCUUACAAUGCACUCGCCACCCACAUUAUAGCAGAAGAUGGAGAUAAUCCUGAGGUUGGAGAGUCCAGAGAGGUCUUUGACUUGCCUGUUGUGAAGCCAAGUUGGGUGAUACUGUCUGUAAAAUGCGGUGACCUGCUACCAGUUACAGGAUUUUCCCCAGAGUCUGGACAGGUAUUCUUUGGUGUUACAGCUUGUCUACCGCAUCUUUCAGGGGAUCUGAAUGCACUUUGGGCCUUGAUAACAUUUCAUGGAGGUGACUGUCAGCUUCAUUUCAACAAGAAAUGCACCCAUCUGGUUGUUCCUGAACCAAAAGGGGCAAAGUAUGAGUGUGCUUUGCGGCAUAGCAACAUUAAGAUUGUAACCCAACAAUGGAUUUUGGACUGUGUAAAAGACAAAAACAGGAAGGAUGAGGCUCUAUAUCAUCCACGCCUUACAGUAUACGAGGCACCUGAAGAAGAGGGUAGCGAAUAUGAAAAUGAGAGGAGUUCUGAUGGGAGCUACAGCGACAGACGGUCACCUCGCAGCCGGCGGUCCAGCCCUACAUCAUCCCGCGACGGUUCCCCAGCAGGCAGGCGUAGACGUUCCCCCUCACCCAAACAGCGGAAACCUGAAUUGAUGUUUGACGACUCAGAUGACUCGUCCCCAGAAAAGGAGGAUCGCAACCUGAACUGGACCCCAGCUGAGGUGCCGCAGCCUGGUGCCGCCAAGCGUCGUCUCCAGCCCGGCAAAGAAACGGGUUUGAUCAAUCUCUGUGCCAGUGUUCCACCUGUACCUGGAGGCUUUGGGGUGCCAGAUCCUCGGAUGGGCGGCCCAGGUGUGUCUCUCGGGGUGGAGAGACCGGAGGGGAUGGGUGGAUGGAAUCCAGCUGCCAGGACACUUAGGAAUAUUACUAACAACACAGACACACAACAGACCUCACGACCCUCCAAUGUGGCACAUCUCCUUCAGAGUCUUUCGGCUUCCUCCAAAGGUGUGGAGCACAUCGGAAAUCAAGGUCAGCCUGGUGUUCCCAACCAGAUUCUGUUUAAUCCAGUCAAGACUCAACAUCAACUCCCAGCCGAAGCACAGCAGCAGUUAUUGCAACAGCAACACCAGCAGUCACAUCAGCUACCACAACAACAGCAGCAGCAACAACAUCCACAACAGAUGGCUCAGCCACAUGCCAUGAUGCAUCUUCAGACGCAGCUGCACCACCAGCAGCAGCAGCAGCAGCAGCAGCAACAACAACAACAACAACAACAACAACCACAACAACAACCACAACAACAACAACAACCACAACAACAACAGCCACAGCCACAGCAAGGCUUCCCUCAAAUGCCUCAGCAAUCUCAUCAGUUCCUACAGCAGCAGAUGCAUCCGCAGAUGUACUCGCAACAGCACACAUUCCAACAGCAACAAAUGCGACCACAGCAGCUCCCUAGGCCGCCCUUGCAGCAGCAGCAUGCGUUGCAGCAACACUUGCAGCAGUUACAGCAGCAUAGGCUUCAGUUGCAGUUACAACAACAACAGCAGCAACAGCAGCAGCAGCAGCAGCAAAACCAGCAACACAUGCACCAACAGCAUUUGCAGCAGCAACAGCAUUUCCUGCAACAGCAGCUUCAGCAGCAGCAACACAUGCAGCAACUGCAGCAGCAGCAACACAUGCAGCAGCAACUGCAGAACCAACAAGGUCCUCAGCAUCAGACCCAGACCGCACCUCAACCUCCAAUGAUGACUGCACAGUCACACCAACUGUUUGGCCAUGAACCAGGCCAAGAGAUUCCUGAGGAUGGUUUUCUGGCUGGCUGUGUGUUUGCCAUUGCUGACUAUCCAGAGCAGAUGCCUGAUAAACAGUUACUGGCCACAUGGAAAAGAAUCAUUCAGGUAUAUGGAGGGACUGUGGACUCCGCUCUCAGUCGCUGCACUCAUUUACUCUGUGAGAGUCAAGUCAGCAAUAUGUAUGUCCAGGCUCUGAGAGAGGGAAAGCGCUGUGUGACGGCUCACUGGCUUAACACUGUUCUCAAGAAGAAAAGAAUGGUCCCCCCUCACAGGACCCUUCAUCUUCCCUUCAAUUUCCCUCCGGGGGCAAAGCCCUGCUCGCAGCAUAUUAUUUCGGUGACUGGAUUCGUGGAAAGCGACCGUGAUGAUCUAAAGCUAAUGGCCUAUCUUACAGGAUCCAGAUACACGGGCUAUCUGUGUCGAAGCAACACUGUGCUCAUCUGUAAAGAACCAAGUGGGCUGAAAUAUGAAAAGGCGAAGGAGUGGAGGAUCCCGUGUGUAAACGCCCAAUGGCUGUGCGACAUUUUACUGGGAAACUUCGAAGCUCUGCGGCAAAUCCAGCACAGCAGAUUCUCACAGUUCAAUUUGCCUGAACCGUUGGCACCCAACCCACAUCUUGUGCACAAUCUUCUGAGUGCUUGGCGCGUUCCUGUGAAGAUCUCACCGGAAGUGUUGGCGAGCUUACGUCUGCAGCAGAAACAGAAGCAGACGGAUGCUAGCCUGCAGCCGCCCAGCAAGAAGCCCAAGCUUGAAGAGUUGCCAACACCUAGUAAAAAGCUUCCCCCCGAGUCCACGCCCUACGUGUUCUUCACAGGGUUUGAACCACUACAGGCUCAGCAGUACAUAAAGAAAUUGUAUGAUCUUGGAGGUGAAGUAGCCGACAGCGCUCAGAAGUGCACUCAUCUGGUUGCCAACAAAGUGACGAGAACGGUGAAGUUCCUCACUGCAAUAUCUGUAGUUAAGCACAUAGUCACUCCCGAGUGGCUGGAGGAAAGCUGGAAAAGCCAGAAAUUUGUGGAUGAGCAGAGCUAUAUGCUACGAGAUGCAGAGGCAGAGGUGCUGUUCUGUUUCUGUCUGGAGGAGUCACUGAAGAGAGCUCACGCAACACCGCUCUUCAAGGGGAAGUAUUUCUAUAUAACACCAGGAAUCUGUCCGAGCCUCAGCACAAUGAAAGUUAUAGUGGAGAGCGCCGGAGGGAAAGUGCUCUCGAAGCAGCCCACCUACCGCAAGAUCAUGGAGCACAAGCAAAACAAGAAUUUGCCGGAAAUCAUUCUAAUAUCCUGUGACAACGACCUGCAUUUGUGCAGAGAGUAUCUCCUGAAAAACAUCGAUGUGCACAAUGCUGAGCUGAUAUUAACAGGAGUGCUGACACAGUCUUUGGACUACGAAUCAUAUAAAUUUACAUGAUGUCCCCUUGUAAGGAUAUAAGUAUUUUAUGACUAUGGCUGGUUCCCUGUUCCAGAAGAAUGCUUAAUGCUUCUCAUUACAUUUUAGUGUACAGUAAUGUUAAGUUUUAAUGUUUGUAUUUUAAUACCUAAAUAAAUCAUUUGUUACCAGUUUUGUAAACCAUGUAACAGUGAGCCUAAAUAAAUGGAUGUUAUUUGUAAUGAUUGUUCAAAUGAAGACAAAGCUAGGUUUUACUGUGAUAAAUGUUUGCCCCUUUUAUGGUUUUGAAAUAAAAUCUGAUUGUGA